UGGCGAGAUUCAGUGUUGGGGGCCCCGCGUCGCUUAUUGGUGACUCUCGGCAGUCUCUCCAGGGACAGUUCGCCAUGUCCUGCCACGAAGGAGGAAACUCUACCGAAACUUCCCGUUCCGGAUCUAGAGACGACCAUGCAAAAAUAUUUGGCGCAAGUCGAAGUGAUCGCGCCGCAUCAUCUAGAAAGGACCCGCAGUUUGGUGAAAGCCUUCCUCUCAGGGUCUGGACCGAAACUCCAGCACCGUCUCUUGGAACGUAGACAGAAGACAGAUAAUUGGGCGACAGAAUGGUGGCUAAAUGACAUGUACCUGUCCGUCCCGUUGGCUUUGCCAAUUAACAGCAAUCCCGGCGUAGUUGUAAAAACGAAGCGAUUUACAAACCAGCGGGAAUCCGCGGUAUUCCUCGCACGAUUUCUCAUCGAGCUUCUGAAUUAUCAAGAAAAAUUAGACAGGUGCGAAUUGGAAGUCGAACGCGUCAAGUCUAAGGACGGUAAGAGCAUGCAACGGCUCUGCAUGGCGCAACAUUACCAAAUGUUGCGGAUUUAUCGGCGACCCGGGGUGAACAGCGACGAGCAAAUUAUCCUUGACAGAGCAGCCUCCGGCGAUCACAUUGUCGUUGCGCACCAUAAUCAGUUUUACAGCGUACCGGUGAGAGCGUCGGACCGAGACCGAAUCACGGAGGCUGAACUAGUCCAGCAGUUACUGAUGAUUAUGGAAACCAAAGCGGAUCCUAGGACCCCACCGGUUGGAAUUCUCACGACCGCAAAGCGACCAGUCUGGGCGAAAGCGCGAGAGGAACUGAUUAAAAAUGAAGGUAACCGACACAAUCUGGAACUACUGGAGCGCUCCCUGUGCAUCGUGUGCAUCGACGACGACGUGCUGCCAACCACAUUCAACAACCCCAUGAGGAAGGAGGACCGUUGGAUCGGCGAUCGAGAUUACGCGAACGUCUUACAUCACGCCCUUCACGGUGGAGGAUCCAGACACCUGGCCGCGAAUCGUUGGUACGACAAGACUCUUCAACCUUUCCUCGGCAAGGACGGACUGUGGGGCUUUACGUACGAGCAUUCCGCUGGCGAAGCACCGGCUAUAUUUCAAGCUUUCGAAGAUCUGACGAGGAAAGUGGACUCGAUGCCACCAGCGGAUGAAAAUCUAGUGCCGUCGCAUCUUCCGGCGCCGGAGAAAAUGGAAUGGCACCUCAGCGAGCAAAGCCUGAACGACAUCAGAGAUGCAAUGAUGAGCAUCGACGCGCUGGUCGAAGAUUUGGACCUUUGUAUCAUGUCGUUCGAGGAUUAUUCCAAGGAAUUUGUAAAAUCCUGCAAAAUUAGCCCCGACGUGUACGUACAAUUGGCACUCCAGCUUACGCAUUUCAGACUCCACGGGAAAUUGGUAGCUACUUACGAGAGCGCCGGCAUCCGGAGGUUCGCGCUGGGUCGUGUAGAUUGCAUCCGGGCUGCGAGUCCAGAAGCGCUGGCAUGGGCGAAGGCAAUGUGCCAGGGCGACCCUUACAGUCAAGCCGGGCCGAAUCAGCCCAACAACACCUUGGACGGGAGCCCCAAAAGAGCGGAAAGGAUCAAAGAGUUGUUCGAUCUAGCGGUGCAGAGACAGACCAAGGAAAUGAACGACAACAUACACGGACACGGCAUCGACAACCAUCUAAUGGGGUUACGUUACGCGGCGAUAAAGGUCGGCGAGCCGAUUCCGGACAUCUUCACCGACGAAACCUAUGCGAUCGUUAAUCACUUUGCCCUCUCGACGUCGCAGGUUACGACAAAGGAACAAGCGAUCGCCGGAUACGGACCGGUAGUACCGGAUGGUUACGGAUGCGCCUACAAUAUGCGGCCAAACGGCUUUUUGUUUUCGGUUUCUGCCUUUCACAGCGACGGCAGAACCAAUGCGAUGCAAUUUGCGCAAACACUAGAACAGAGUCUGCGAGAUAUGGCAGCUAUGAUAAAAAAUUCCAAAAAGUGAUAAACUAACGCAACACGUCUUACACGUCGAUCUCGCCGAAGCUGUAAGCAAAAAGGAGAGAAAAAGGAAAGAAAAUAGAAAGAAAGGAGGAAGGAAGGAAAGAAAAAAAGAGAGAAACACAAGAAAGUGUGUAAGCUUCGUAAAUCAUACGAGGGUGGUUCGAAACGCACAUGGCACAUGAAACACGGACCUGAAAAACGCCAUUCCUAUAUAUAUAUAUAUAUUUCUUUUUAUCCCCUUUACUUGUACGCUGUUGAAAAUUCCAUCCGCAAAUGAUCCUGUAUAUAUAAAUAACAUCUUUUCUCACUUUCAUUGUACCAUAUUAGCGAAAAUGACUUUCGCGUAAGAAUUGUGUCGCCUAACGCCUAACGCCUGUUGACGUGUGAUUUAUUUACUGCGAAGGGGCUGGCUGUGUGUGUAAAUUAGCUGAAUUGCCAAUUGUUUCCUUUAUCGCCGUUGGACGGCGACGAGUGAAAUGAAGAACAUGACUUUCGAAGCACCCUUGCAUCGAGGAAAGUAACGAUAAGUAAGUUCGUAUAGUGUAAGUAACGCGUGCGUACGCGCGUAACGCGGAGAAAUUAGAAGUAACUCGAUCUCGCACAAUUUGUUAGAUGUAUCGCUGGUUGGUAUAAUCCUUAGGAAGUAGGAAAGAAUAGAGAAGCAAACAAUGGCACGUACGGAGCAAGAAAGUGUCGCCGAAACGUGCAAACUAACUCAUCGAAAGCUGUUGUAAUCUUUAAGAUGUUCUUUGUUAUACACGAGCUACUAGAAGUGAAUCUCUCGUUGUCUGUUUUUCUAGAGAAGUAUGUACAAUAAUGUGUGCACACACACACACACACACACACACACACGCAUACGCACAUUAGUCAAUCCUUCAGCGGUAGCCGUCGUGUAGUAAGCGAAUAAUAUUAGAGAUCGAUCGGUCGUUUUAAAACUCUGAUCCAUUAGCGUUACGCCCGGGCGCUGGAAAAAAAGAUCGUAUUGCAUCUUAUCCUAUCUACGCAAAGUUGCACGCAGUUUCGCCGCCGUUUCGCGAGUCUCGCAUUUUGAAUCGAAGAAAAAAGAAAAUCGUUCUUUCGCCAGAAGAACGAUCCUUGAAGUAAGAGACGUCAGAGAUACGGAUGCCGGGAGCUUUAUAUAAGCUUAGCUUUGUACGUGCGAAAAUUGAGCAAAAAUUAUCCGAGUCGCGUUUAUCGCGUAUUUCGUAAUGAAUCUCUUCGUCGUGCUUGUCGCUUGCUUUUCCGUAAUUACCAGAUGAAGCUGCUUGUUGAUUUGUUCACGUCUCUUAGAGAUGUUUAUCCGAAGAAAAGAAGAGGUUUCCAGCGCGCGGGUCUCGUCUGCCGCAGAAACACUCUAAAUGUGGCCAAUCGUACGUAUGUUGGCGCCCGCACAGUAAACUCUUGUCCAAUUCUUAGAUAGGUCGACGCAUCGCAUCGCUCGAUAAAAGCCGCUCGAUCGUCGACAAUAUAGCUCUAACUAUCGCGCUAUUUUUCCGCAUCCUGUGUGACCAGGUUCGCACGGGACAUCAUGAUGCAGGGAGUCGUCACAGCAAGUAGUGACUCGAUAUCUUGGAAAUAGACAAUGUCCGUCGCACCAUUUUCUGAACGGUGUUUCUUCCUUUUCGCUCAAAUGUUUCGCAGCAAAUUUUCGACCUCGAAAACGAAUGUGUAAAUGUUUCUUUCGUAUAAUCUCAGCGAUCGAAAAUAUAGAGCUUCUGACAUUGAUAUUAAGUUCUGGAGAAAAAAGAAAUGGAUACAAACGAGAUCGUGUUCCUUAGCUGAUCGUUUUCGCAAUGUCAAAAAUGUCAAAUUGCAAUGUCAAAUUUAAUUAAACGAACUCUACUGACUGAUUUUCGAAAGAGAUCAAUUCUGGACGUUAAAAAUCAAGAAAUGUGCCAUCAAAAAUUAUCAAAGACUGGGACAUCCUGUGUGUAUGUUAAACUUUUCAGAAAUGAUUAUAUUCGCAAAGAUCUAUUACAUAUCCAUGCAAUUCAUAAUACGUAUCAAAUGGCAGUUUUACACGUGUAAAGCCAUCUUUAUGCACUGACUCUCUCAUGAUGAUCCUACUUUAUCAGACGAUUGUAUAUUCGAGUCGUUGUCCCUUUGAAUAGUGAUGAAAAUCUCUGCGUUUUUACAGCUCCACAAUUUAGGAGAUUUAGGCGAAUGUUACGCUCGCCUUGUCCUCUCGUACUAACUUUUUGCAGUAUCGAUAAUAUUGCAUGGUAAUGUGACUCCAGUCAAUAUCACGACGAGUGGCAGCGAUUACGGAGGAAAAUUGUCUAGUUACAGCUAUGAGAGAUAAGGUAAAAUCUUGUUACGAGCGCUGUUUAGUCAGUCUCCUAAUUCUAGUUGUUUGUCAGAGAUGAUGUCAGAGAGAAUUGAUGCUGUGAGAAGAAGACUUGGAUUUACCAUCAGGUUCAUAUGAUAAACGAUACUUUCUCGAUUUGUUAACGUGUAAAACGAGAUUGUCAGAGACAAUCAGAUUUGCUUACAUCAGUUCUUCUACGAUAUACCAAGUCCUUCUCAUCUGUAUUUUCCUAUCCAGACAUAGUCAAACUUACAGAUAACGUGACAGAUUCGUCAAUGUUAUUUAUAUUUCACUUAUGUUAUGAAAUCAUAUUUUAACUUUUGAACUUUUUAUCUAUUUUGCUUACAAUCCAUCGUUCUUACGCUUGUUCUUUCAAUUAUUCAUACUCGAGGAUGAUGUAUCUCGUCCAAUAUUGAUGUUCGUUGAGUUAAAUCCGCCUUGAAGAAAAUUUAUUCAUUCGUUGUAGCUUCUUGUUGAGGUUUGUCGUUAAAACUUUUUUGUAAAUAAGAUAUAAUCUACGUCGUCGUUAUCCAAUUUUCAUUCGUUAAGCACCAUAAGUUAUACAAAUUUUACGAAAGUUCGAAAAAGUUAAUCGAUCGUCAAAUGCAUUUGUGAAAAGUACGAGAGAGCAUGGUGUCUGCUCGUUAUUGUUAAAAAAAAAAAAAAAA